UCUCUCUCUCUCUUCGCAUGUAAAACCAAGAAAUUGCUAUAAAUUGCAUGCAAACCAGAGACUGAACCCCAAACCAAACCAAAUCCAUAGUUAUGGUAGUAGUCUUUCACACUUUCUCUGCCUCUCUCUCUCUCCGUCGCGACUUUCUUUCCCAAAAUUUAACUCCUAAUUAAUUCUCUACUAGUAAUAGUAUCGAUUAAUGUCCCCGAUUUUCUCUCUUCCAAUCCCCCAAUAUCUCUCUCUACACAUAAAACCCUCUUGAACAACUACCGCACCAGCAAGAACCCCCAAGAACCCAUCUUUCGUUUGUUUGAUUUGUUGAUAUGGAGAGGAGAGACUGUGACCGAUCUACUCCGACAGCUAACUCACCCUCCUACACCUACCCAUUCUUUGAUGAAACCCUAGCAUCGUCUAUGGCUCGUCUCAAUCUUAACCCCCAGUCCGAUUACUUGUUCAACGAUCUAGGGACGCGUGCGCCGUCGAUUCCGUCUCUAGACGAUACGAAUCUGCGAGAUAACUAUUAUAAUAACAUUGCCGCUACGGUUCCCGCGACGGGUUUUGGUUACGACGUCGUCAAUGGCUGGGACAACUUAUUGAAUGAACAGGGUUUGAAUCGGAACCGGAAUGGGUUUGAUAUCAGAGGAGGAGGAGGAGGGUCGAUUCCAUAUUUGGGUCCGGACGGAUUGGUUUUAAGUAACCCGAAUAGUCUGAAUGGUGGCUUUUACAAUAGGCGGCCGCAGCCGCGGUUGGAGAAUGUGGAUUUGGAUUUUCUGUCUGUAAAGAAUUUGAGGGGUAAAAUUUUGUCCUUGUCGAAGGAUCAAAAUGGGUGUAAAAUAUUGCGGAAGGCUAUAGAGGGUGUAAAAGAUGAAAAUGAAAUUGAUAUGGUCUUAGUGGAGAUUAUUGAACAUUUGGGUGAGUUGAUGGUGCACCAGUUUGGGAAUUACAUUGUUCAAAACCUUGUGGAGGUGUGCAGUAAGGCACAAUUGAACCGGAUUGUGUCAAAGAUCACUGAGACUGAAUAUCAACUAGUCAGCAUAUGCCUUGACAAUCAUGGAACUCGUGCUGUACAGAGACUCUUGAGGCAUCUUGAAACCCCUGGGCAAGAAGUGACUAUGGUCAUGGCAGCUAUAAGCCGUCAUACUGUUGCAUUGACUAAGGACGUGAAUGGUCAUCGUGUUAUCCAGGAUUGCUUGAGAUAUUUCACAGAUGAAGACAAUAGGUAUCUACUGCGUGAAUUGGCACGUAACUGCUUUGGACUUGCAACAGAUAAAAGUGGUUGUUGUGUGCUGCAGCAAUGUGUGAACUCCUCUAGUGGCGAAACCAGAGAUUGUUUGGUGGCCGAGAUUAUUUCCAAUGCACUCCCUUUAGCUGAAGACCGUUAUGGAAAUUAUGUGGUGCAGCAUUUGUUGGGCUUGCGGAUACCACAAAUCACUGCAAAUCUUCUGAGACAGCUCGAAGGUAGUUAUGCGACUCUUUCUUUUAACAAGUAUGGCAGCAAUGUCGUAGAGAAGUGCUUUCCAGAAUCAAGGGAGGAACAAUGCACAAUGAUUAUUCUGGAAUUGCUUUCCAAUCCAAAUGUUUCUAUGCUUCUUAUUGAUCCUUAUGGGAACUAUGUCAUCCAAUCAGCAUUAAGGGUAGCUAAGGGGCUUGUCCGCAGUGCUCUAUUGAAUCUUGUCCGAAUAAACUUCCCAAUGAUGCGCAGUAAUAUCUAUGGCAAAAAGGUGCUUGAAUUCUUAGACAAACAGAGGUCGCAUGUAUGAAUACGAGGUAUCUGCAGGAAUAUGUUAAUUUAGGUGUUGGCAGGUUGCCUUUGUAACUGUUCCCUGUAAUAUUUUAGCUUUGUCUGUAAACCCUUUUUUGAUUCCUCCUUUAAAAUGCAGAGCAAUGUAAGGUUGUAGCAAUAGGAUAGGACAGGGCAUGAGGGAAUGUACAAUUUAGCAUUGGAUUUGAUGGGGGAGAUGGAUAUAAAUGUUCAAACCUCUGUACAUUCAUACAGAUUCUACUUUAUCAAAAUCUCCGAAGAAAGAAAAUGACAGGAUUGGACAGUGUAGGGCUAAGGCUGCUACAAGAUCAACCCAGAGAUCCUCCAGUGGUGGUGUGGCAAAUUGUGAAUGUUUAAUUACUGGGCCUCCAGAAAUCUUGUAAUGUC